UAACAACUAUGAUGCAGGCCUGAUGUCUCCGUAUGAUGAUUGAUGAGCGAUCAGAAGGAGAUAAAACCCCCCUUUUGUCCCUCAUCUUCCUCUUUUAACCAAGUAUUUUCUGCAACUCCCAACAGUCUGACACUGCGAAAUGACAUGGAUGCUCUUAUCUUUCAUUGUUUCACAAACCCAAGAAGGUCAGCCCCGUAAAUGCACCAACAUCCGCACCCUCAUAACAGAAGAUAAGCACGAAUGGAUGGAUGGAUGGAUGGAUUGAUGGUUUAAUACUCCAAAUACAGUCAAAGCCACAGCUUUUUUUUAUGGCGAGAUCACAUUGUAGAUUCCUCUCUUCACAGAUACAAAUGGGUCUUUCUUGGAAAUUAGUGAAAGAACCAAAAAUGGGACAAGAAGAAGGAGCGAAAGAAGACCGGAAUCCGCUGGAAUUUUCAAAAUGCAGAGCUCUCCAUCAAGUCAGUGAGGUUAUAUCUUCUUUGAUUUCUCUGUCUUAUUUAAUUAAAGCUUUUGCUGUGAAAUGGCAACUGAUUCGGAACAAGCUAGAGGAGCUGAACUCUGGCCUAAUUGCGGCGGAGAACUGCGACACCAGCCAAAACCCAUCACUUUCUGCACUGAUUCCACUCAUAUUAGUCACUGUAAAUGAAUGUCAUGAUCUUGCUCGUCGGUGUGUGGAUCUUUCAUACAGUGGGAAGCUCUUGAUGCAGAGUGAUUUGGAUGUAAUAGCCGCGAAAAUCGACACCCAUUUAAGAAAACUUUCUAGGAUAUACACUGCUGGGAUUUUGAGUCAAGGGUUUGCCAUUGUUGUGUCAAGACCUGGGGCUAAUGCUUGUGCAGAGGAUAUGAGGUUUUACAUGAGGGAUUUGUUCACAAGAAUGAAAAUUGGGGACACAGAAAUGAAAAAGCAAGCCUUGGUUAAUUUGCAUGAAGUGGUCGUCGAUGAUGAAAGAUAUUUAAAAAUUGUUGCUUUUGAAGUUGAUGAUUUAGUGAAUUUGCUGGUGAAUUUUCUUGAUUCAUCAACAGUGGAAAUCCAAGAAGGGGCUGUGAAAGUGGUGUCUGUGAUUUCUGGGUUUGAUUCAUACAAGGGUGUACUAAUUAGGGCUGGAAUUAUUGGGCAUUUGAUUAGUGUUUUGGAGAUUGGGAGUGAAUUGGCUAAGGAGAGUUCUGCAAGGUCUCUGCAAAAAUUGACAAGCAAUUCAGACAAUGCUUGGUCAGUUUCCGCUCAUGGGGGUGUUACAGCUCUGUUGAAAAUAUGUGCAAACGGUGAUUCUAGAGGUGAACUUAUAGGAUCUGCUUGUGCGGUGUUGAGGAAUCUUUCGGGUGUCGAAGAGAUGAAGAGAUUCAUGAUUGAAGAAAAUGCAAUUUCAACGUUUAUCAAGCUUGCAAGGUCCAAGGAUGAAUCUGUGCAGGUAAAUUCAAUUGAUUUUCUUCAAAAUAUUACAUAUGGAGAUGAGUCAGUAAAACAAUUGAUCAUCAAAGAAGGUGGAAUUCGAGCGUUAGUACGCAUUUUGGAUCCUAAAUCAACUCUCUCUUCCAAAACCAGAGAGAUAGCAUUAAGGGCAAUUGAGAAUUUAUUCUUCUCUUCAAUGAGUAGUAUAAACAUUGUUAUGAAUUAUGGGUUUUUGGACCAUCUAUUGUUCUUUCUCCGUAUGGGAGACGUCUCUAUUCAAGAAUUGGCAUUGAAGGUAUCGUUUAGGCUCUCGGGAAUAUCAGAGGAGACAAAGAGGGCAAUGGGAGAUGCUGGUUUCAUGCCUGAAUUUGUGAGAUUGAUGGAUUCAAAAUCAUUUGAAGUACGCGAAAUGGCAGCUGAGGCACUCUCCGGUAUGGUUUCAGUGACGAAGAAUCGAAGGAGAUUCGUGCAGGAUGAUCGCAGUGUUGGGUUUCUGCUGCAAUUGCUUGACCAAAAGGAGUCAAAUUCAGGUAACAGGAAGUUCUUGCUUAAUAUAUUGAUGUCAUUGACAAGUAGCAAUAGUGGGAGAAAAAAGAUUGCGAGUUCUGGAUACUUGAAGAACAUUGAAAAACUUGCAGAAGCUGAAGUCUCUGAUGCUAAAAGACUCGUAAGGAAACUAUCCUCAAACAGAUUCCGCAUCAUGUUGAGUGGAAUCUGGCAUUCUUGACUGUAAUUUUUUUUGAAUCCUCUCUGUAUAUUUUUCACAUAAGAUUUUGAAGCUUUCUUGUGUUAAAAACUGUCCAUUUUGCAACCACAAGUAGAUGAUAUCCAAUAAAAGCUGCCAUUGGCAUGCUAUGAAUUCCUCUGAA